CCCGUAGCAGGCAGCUAGACAGCUGGGUUUAAUCAGAAACCACUUACAACUCCAGACGACUCGGGAGGGAAACUCCGGCGUGAAGCGCAGCCCCGCGCCGGCUCUCUCCAGCUUUCCCCCCGGGCCGGGGACCCGGUCCGCGGGCUUCCUCGCCCCGCCGCCCCGUCCCCUCGGGAGCCCUCCGCGGUGCCGGAUCCUGCUGCGAGGUGCCCUCCAGCCCGGUAAUGGGGGGCGGCCGGUCGCCGUAGGAGUGGCGAGGCGGCACCGAGGGGGCAGUGCCCCGGGACCGGCGGGGGGCGCGCGGCGGGUCCCCGCGCCGCUGCCGCAGCUGCGAGCGCGCCACGCCGCCGAGCCUCCUGCAGCAAUGGCUCACCCGUGAACCGCCCGCGGCUCGCUUCCUUUAGGAGCGCUCGCAUCCUCGGUUCGGGCUUCGCCACCGUGCUUGGCGAGCAUGGCUGUCUAGACUGAAGUGUGCCGCCAGAGACUGAGCAGUGGGUACCGAGCCAGUUAAGCCCAACUCGUGAGCCCCGAAACCUGGGGGAGGAGGAGGAAGAGGAGCUCGGCUCUGAAAAGUGCAGUCAUGAAUUCUGGAGUUGCCCUGAAAUAUGGAACCGAUUCCUCGGCGGAGCUGAGCGAGCUCCACUUGGCAGCUUUGGCAUCACUCAAGGGAGAUAUAGUGGAGCUUAAUAAACGUCUGCAGCAAACAGAGCGGGAACGGGACCUCCUGGAAAAGAAAUUGGCCAAGGCACAGUGCGAGCAGUCCCACCUCAUGAGAGAACAUGAGGAUGUCCAGGAGCGAACGACGCUUCGGUACGAGGAACGCAUCACAGAACUGCACAGCAUCAUUGCUGAGCUCAACAAGAAGAUAGACCGUUUGCAAGGCACCACCAUCAGGGAGGAAGAUGAGUACUCAGAACUGCGCUCAGAGCUCAGCCAGAGUCAGCAUGAGGUUAACGAGGACUCUCGAAGCCUGGACCAGGACCAGACCUCUGUCUCCAUCCCUGAAAACCAGUCCACCAUGGUCACUGCCGACAUGGAUAACUGCAGUGACCUGAACUCCGAGCUGCAGAGGGUGCUGACGGGGCUGGAGAAUGUCGUCUGCUGCCGGAAGAAGAGCAGCUGCAGCCUGUCCGUGGCCGAGGUGGACAGGCACAUUGAGCAGCUCACCACGGCCAGCGAGCACUGUGACCUGGCUAUGAAGACAGUCGAGGAGAUUGAAGGGGUGCUGGGCCGGGACCUGUAUCCCAGCCUGGCUGAAGAGCGGUCUCGCUGGGAGAAGGAGCUGGCUGGGCUGAGGGAAGAGAAUGAGAGCCUGACCGCCAUGCUGUGCAGCAAAGAGGAGGAGCUGAACAGGACCAAGGCCACCAUGAACGCCAUCCGCGAGGAGCGGGACCGGCUUCGGAGGAGGGGGGAUGAAGCUGGGAAAGGAGGCAUGAGAGGAAGGCCACAGGUCCGAGAGCUUCAAACUCGACUGCAGAGCAUGCAGGCCACAGGGCCAUCCAGCCCCAGCCGCCUCACUUCUGCCAACCGCCCAGUUAACCCCAGCACGGGCGAGCUGAGCACGAGCAGCAGCAGCAAUGACAUUCCUAUCGCCAAGAUUGCCGAGAGGGUGAAACUGUCGAAGACCAGGUCCGAAUCUUCGUCAUCUGACCGGCCGGUCCUGGGCUCCGAAAUCAGCAGCAUAGGGGUAUCCAGCAGUGUGGCGGAGCACCUAGCCCACUCUCUUCAGGACUGCUCCAACAUCCAGGAGAUCUUCCAGACGCUCUACUCACAUGGAUCUGCCAUCUCAGAGAGCAAAAUUAGAGAGUUUGAGGUAGAAACGGAACGGCUGAAUAGUCGUAUUGAACACCUCAAAUCCCAAAAUGACCUCUUGACCAUAACCCUGGAAGAAUGCAAAAGCAACGCCGAGAGGAUGAGCAUGCUGGUGGGGAAAUACGAGUCCAAUGCCACGGCACUGAGGCUGGCCCUGCAGUACAGUGAGCAGUGCAUGGAAGCCUACCAGCUCCUCCUGGCGCUGGCCGAGAGCGAGCAGAGCCUCAUCCUGGGGCAGUUCCGGGCAGCCGGCGUGGGCUCUUCCCCCGGAGACCAGUCAGGGGAUGAAAGCAUCACUCAGAUGCUCAAGCGAGCUCAUGACUGCCGGAAGACGGCUGAGAACGCCGCCAAGGCCCUGCUCAUGAAGCUGGAUGGCAGCUGUGGGGGAGCGUUUGCCGUGGCCGGCUGCAGCGUGCAGCCCUGGGAGAGCCUGUCCUCCAACAGCCAUACUAGCACAACUAGCUCCACAGCCAGUAGCUGCGAUACCGAGUUUACUAAAGAAGAUGAACAAAGGCUGAAGGAUUACAUCCAGCAGCUCAGGAACGACAGGGCUGCGGUCAAGCUGACCAUGCUGGAGCUGGAGAGCAUCCACAUCGACCCGCUCAGCUACGAUGUCAAGCCCCGCGGAGACAGCCAGCGGCUGGACCUCGAAAACGCUGUGCUGAUGCAGGAGCUCAUGGCCAUGAAGGAGGAGAUGGCUGAGCUGAAGGCCCAGCUCUACCUGCUGGAGAAGGAGAAGAAGGCCCUGGAGCUGAAGCUGAGUACACGGGAGGCCCAGGAGCAGGCCUACCUGGUGCACAUCGAGCACCUGAAGUCCGAGGUAGAGGAGCAGCAGGAGCAGCGCGUGCGGUCCCUCGGCUCCACCGGCAGUGGUGGCAAAGACAAGCCCAGCAAGGAGUGUGCCGACACUGCCUCCCCAGCCCUGACACUGUCCGAACUGAGGACGACCUGCAGCGACAGCGAGCUGGCUGCAGAGUUCGCCAAUGCCAUCCGUCGAGAAAAGAAGUUAAAGGCCAGAGUUCAAGAGCUGGUGAGUGCCUUGGAAAGGCUCACCAAGAGCAGUGAAAUCCGACACCAGCAAUCAGCAGAGUUUGUUAACGACCUAAAGCGAGCCAACAGCAACCUAGUGGCUGCUUAUGAGAAAGCGAAGAAGAAGCAUCAAAACAAACUGAAGAAGCUGGAGUCUCAGAUGAUGGCCAUGGUGGAGAGACACGAGACCCAAGUGAGGAUGCUCAAGCAGAGAAUAGCUCUGCUGGAGGAGGAGAACUCAAGGCCACAUACCAGUGAAACUUCCCUGUAGUCAGCACUCGGGCACCAAAGGUCUGCCCUCAGAAGCUGAACUACAUGCAGUCCCCGAGGAGAGAAGGGCCCCGGAGGACAGAGCACCUGUUAGGGGAACAGGACAAAUGAGGGUUGGCAGGUAGGUCAGCUCCAGACAACAGAGGCUGUGAACUCGGCACCAGGGGCGAGUGGCCCUGGUGACACCAUGUGGACUGCAUCCGAGGGCCCUGUUCGUCCCCUCCCAGGCUCACAGAUGGAGUGUGAGUACCUGCUGUGUGUGCUGUGCUCGGCAGGCCUUGCUUCUGCUUUCAGCAUUGGCCUUGUCCCUCUCAAGGCUGUGUGUCAGCAGUAUCCCAGGCAUUUUAUUUUUCCAGGAUUGUCCAUUUUCUCUUCGGUAGACAGUGACCUUUUCCCCAGCAUCCCCAAUUUCUCCUCUUUCCUUCUUCAGGGAUAAACUCUUGACACUGCACAGGGGGUGUCUCUUCAGUGUCCAGAGUUGCUGGGUUGCUUUCUAGUAAGCAGGCUUCAGCUAUCGCUCAGAGGUGUCCUAGGAGGUAGGUCACAGGGUGGCACACAGGUCCCAGUGGUCGUGUCCAAGAGCAGGACAACUUCCUCCACCUUGUCUCGUACAGGAGGGCUGGGAGCAGGGUGCUCUUGACUCUGGGACUUCCCCCUCCCAGACUCAUAGCUGAGAGUCCUGCCGAUUCAUGUAAUAGAACUAAAAUUUCAUCAGGUGUUUCUCCAAAUCAGAGCAGCACUGCUAGUACUUCCCCGCACCCCAGGGCACUACAGUCGCCGUUCUGUAUGAACGUAAUUAAGCUCACCCACAUGGGUACACAUGUAGCCCUGCACCUGCCUGUUUUCCUAGGGGCAAGAGGCAGGAAGUGGGUGCUGAAAUGUUUUUUUCAGCUGUUUCUAUUUAGAAAGAGAUUGCUACUGACCACUCCUAGUUCGAGGCUUUGCCCCUGCUGUUAUGAAGGGCAGAGAGUGAAUGGUUGUUUCAGAGCCUCCUUUUAUCUCCAGAGACAUGGUGACAGCAUAUGGUGCUUAGGCAGAUCCAACUUCAAGCAAAAUGCUGACAGGGCCGGGAAAGACCAAAGCACCUGAAUUCUUUCAGAAAGGUCUUCCAUCUCCAAUUUGUUACUCCACUUUCUGUCUUCUAAUUCUUCUGCAGUUGCCCUACACUGAUAAAUUUAAAGGGCCAUUUGCCAUUUAAAAGGUGCUCUUCUAUAGUACCACAAUGAGAAUCAUGUUUCAAUGCCACAGUUCAGUUUUGCUUUCAACCAGAUCACUGCAUUAUAGUCCCCACAUCCAAGAGCAAAAGCUCAGAGAGCGUCAUACAAGGUCCUCAGCCUUCUGCACAAUGGAGGACACUCUAGCCACCCCCUUGGAGGGCAGAGCAGUUCUAUCCCAAAAGUCAUCACCCUUUUUUCGCAGGCCAGUAGUGAAGCUGCCUCAUCUUCAAAAAAUCAACUGCUAUCAGUGUGGAAGGACCAGUUCUUGGGUGUUCCGGUCACUGCGGAAGGGCCCGCUGGCUCCUGUUUGUUAUAAUCUGUCAUGUAGUCACAGAUGGUUCUUGUGAUUUUUUUUUUUAACCAGUUUUUACUCUUUGGAUAAAGGUUCAUUUUGUCACAAGGGAAAUGUUUUGGCUGAAAAGGUAUUUAAUAGGCAAAAUCAUGGUUUCCCCCAUUUCCCCAGCUUGCCUAGGAGAAAGGUCCUCUCCUAAGCUAACUGGGAUGUGCAAGGUGGGUAAACGAUUCUGGAUUUCUCUUGUGUGAGGGAACAGACAUUGAAACAGUUUUCCAUUUUCAGCAAUAUUGAAAGGUCUAGCUGAUACAGGAAUAAAAUUCUGUCUGCUGACCUAUGGUCUACCAUUCUUGCUCCAAAUUUAAGCAGAGAACCCACCUUUUUAGUCUGUAGCACUCCAGAGCUGGGAGGUCUCAGCUCCUCCAUUAUGAGCCCCAGUAUUACUGAUCCUACCUGGCCUCAUUUUGGGUUUAUACUUCAAUAACAUAAGACAUUUAAAUAUGUGGUGAUUGGGUGAGAACUAUUUCCCCAGCAAACUGUUAUUUUAAAGAUGUGUAGAAUAAAAAAGCUAUUAAAUAGUUGAUUUCCUUUUCUUGUAUUUUUCAAAUGCUCCCCAAGACACAAUCCUUGCUGAAGGUGAAAUGACAGGCACUUGGUGAUGCUAACUGUGGGGCCUCCUAAAACUGCACUGGUUAAAUAAACGACUGUGGGUGCCUGGAUAAUUUUCCUCUUUUAUAACAACUUGAAUUCUUCUAAAUAGGAGCUGGUUUAUAUGAAUGUCUCCAUCAGGGGUAAACAAUUAUCUAGACUGCAACUUGUAUUAAAAAACUUCAGACUCAUAUUUGUUUUUCAUUCAGUGUCCUCAGUGGUUACUUCUUUUAGGCAGUCACCUUCUCUGUUCAGAAUUCAGUCUGUGGCUUAGAGAAAUGGGCAUAGGAAAAAAAACCAGUUUGACACCCCCGUUAGACUGCUGAGUUAGGGCAAAAGAGAUCCAUCUGUGGCUGGAAUGCCACCUCCAUGUGGGCCUACCAACGGGACCUGAGGCUCAGCCAGCCUGACGGGCACCAGCUACCAAAAUUGCCAUGGCUUUGUAGACAGUAAGACUCCUUGUUGAGAUGUACACCUGAAGUCAUUGAUGCUUCAGUAUCUUCAUGUGAGCAGACCACUGGAGAUGUAUCACGCGCUCCCUCGCUUGCUCUAGCCCCAGAGGUACACUAGCUUUGUCAUCAUCGCCAAUGCAGGUAUUACCCGGCCCAUACUCACACUCACCUGCUGGCAUGUCUAAAGGUAAUGUCCAUGCUGCCUGAAACUGGAGUGUUAGCCUAAUAAAAACUUAAGUGCCAGUUAAACAUCAUUGUUUAAUUUUCCUUUGAGAUGCAUGCACUUCUUACUAUGUCUACCUCUGGGUAGCAAUACAUUAUAGGGACCUCAAAGAACUCAAGAACCCUUAAGGCCUUUUCUUAAAAACUGGAUAAGGCAACUCAAAAUUUUAACAACUAUUUAAGAUCCAGUUCAAAUCUCCUAGUUGUGUACAGGUUACAUUAUUUUAAAUGGAGAAGAAAAAGCCCCAUAGUAAACAGAUUUGGGCUGGACUAUGUCACUGGGAUGAAUUAGCCUUCAUAGUUGCCUGUUCUUCUCUGAAGGUUUUUUCUAUGGCUCAGAAAAAUUACCCUGCAAUUAUUUAAUGCCAUCAAUUAAUAAUCAUAAAUCUCUCAAGAGUUUGGGGUAUCAUGCUCUUGUUUUAAGUGAUGAGAAAGUUACCAAGACUACAGAAAACACCCAAACUUUUACUAACCACUUCUCUAAGUCAUAAGGCUCCAUGACAUGAAGCUUUAAACCAUUUGCAGAUGAGCAACUGGAGUAUGUCUCAUGCAUGAAACUGUGUAAAGUGAAAAGAUCAUGUUCACUAAGUUUAUAGCUGCACCUAUUUCUAGAUGCAGCAGACUAUACAUAGAAAGUUUUGAGAGGCCAAAACGGGAGCGAAUUUUAAAGAUUUUAGAUUUUUGCACUGAAUUUAAUCAGGGUGCAGUCAGAGGUUGCCACGGUCUUUUGGAAGGGAGCAUAAAUAAUAUUUUUUAUUCUUUUCAGCAGUAAGUGACAACUGUGUGGAACACUACCAUUUAAAAAAUCAUAGCAAUUAUUUUAUUUAUCCAGUGGAAUGGGCUGUUUGACAAAUGAUACAACCACCACCUUUCACUGAGGCUUAAAAAUUUCCUAUUGCUCUUCUGGGCACUACUUUGAGAAGAAGCAAUUAACUCAUUAAAAAACUAAAAUUAUGCCUGCUGCAGAGUUCUUAUUGAAGCUUAUCCAAAUCCUAUUCCAGUUAAUUGAAACCUUGUGUUUAUAUAGGCCAGGCUGACUUUAGCUCUGAACCUGUGGCCUUCUGAAGCUCCUCCUGUUUCACACUUGAAGUUACUUUCUGAAUACAUGUGUAUCACUCAUGUGCUUGGCAGCCUUAGGCAUGUAUCUAACUUCUUAGAAUUGGAAACAGAACUAUUAAUUACUGUAUUGCUGGCAGCUUAAGUGGGAAAGGGUACAAGCUAAGUCCUGUGUAGAAAAAGAUAGUUUCACAUUCAGACUAUUGCAUUUUCAGUUGAGUUAUAUUGGAUGCAUUCUCUAUCACACUAUGUCUGAGUAAGAGCUUGCAAGACAAGAAAUCAUUCUGACCCAGCAGCAGCGGCUCUCUGAUAACUGUAUCCUUGACUGUUAGUGCCUAGUGGUUCUACAGUCCGGGCAGCUACAGUAACUCACGUGAUCUACAGCUCCACAGAACACAGCAAGCUAAAUACCGAAUUCCCUCACAUUCACUCAUGACUUGCUUAGUUAAUUGUUCUUGCUCUACUGUUCACUUUUGUUACUUUUUGCAAAUCAGUCUGUGUGGAAUACGUUCAAUUUGUAAAAUGCAUAGUAGUCACUUAACAUGCUCAUGUUACAACUGCCAAGCAAAUGUGCCCCUAAUGCAAAGAUAAUGAAACAUGUUCAUUUUUCUAAUCAGUUUUAGACAUUAUAAAGACUUCUUUACACUUUGCAUGACAUUUAGGUUUCCUAUUAUUUGAAAAUGUGCUUUUAAACCACUUGAAUUAUUAGAAAAACUUGCUUGAAUGUACUGUCAGUUAUUAAAGCACAUAGCUAAGAUUGCAUUUGUCAGUAUUCUACUGUUCGUAUUGAAAGUCUCAUUUUAAAGUUGCCACUUAACACUGUACUAUAACUUGUAAUUUUUUAGAUUCUUCAGCUGUAUGCUUUAAAUGUUUCCAGAUGCCUUUAGUUUUAGCUGCUGUAAAAUAGCUACUCUAUUAUUUGAUAUAGAACUGUUUAAAAAGAACUCCCUUUAUUUAUACAGAGACAUUUAUAAUAUUUUACAUUCUUAUAUUCUGAAUAAAUAUUUCUAAUUCCAUGAUGUA